UUCAAAACCAAAUUUGCUGCAGUUCGGACGCAAAGUUUUUAGACUUACUUCAAAGGAAAUAUCAAUAUAUAUUUAUAAAAUGAGUAACCUGGCAUCAAUACUGCCCCUCCUGCUCAUCAUCUGUGUUCAACGCUCGCGACAGCAAUCCUUCUCGCAUCCCGAAACCUGGACGGAUAAUGGGAUUUACGUUCCCGGUUCGGAGGACGACCUGGACUGGACGGGCGCCAACUGGCAGCUGGUCGUCCGCUCUCUGAUGCAACGCCAGCAGCUGCGUUUCUGCAUCGCACUGGCCAGAUUCGAUGAGCAAUUGGUGCCCGGCACAGCCUGCCAGGCUCUUUUGGCCAACGGCCCGCUUAUGGCCAACUGCGAUAUUGGCAACAUCGAGGAUCUGACCAUGACCUUGCGCUACGCCUUCGGGGAAAUUCUGCUCGACACGAGUCGAAAGUGCCGUCCUGGCCUGGAGCUAUUCGGAGUUCGCUGCAGGCGGAGGGCAUAACUGCGGGAAAGACUUUACGACUGUUGUUCAAGCGUUUAUCUGCCACUUUCAAGGACUCUUCAAGCUGCUCCCCAAAUUAUGGACAACUUUUCUACGGCAUGGCCAAAGCUAAAUGUAAAUUAAUGAAUUGUUUAAAGUGCUUAAAAUAUUUACGCUCAAAGCAAGUGGAUGAGCACUGCCACGCCCCCUUCGCGGACUAGCUUCAAUCCAGGAUGCUGUGAGCGUGGGCCGCUGACCAAUGAAUAUGCAAACGAUCCGCCACCCACGGACACUCCUUCCACCAAGUUCGUUAAAACGCAGCAUAAGGUCAAGGAGGAAAGGCUGCGGAGAAGUG